AUGUAAACUUUCUUUAGAACUGUCUCAAAAGGUGCUCUAGUUGCGGGUGUUGGUGGUCUAUGUUUACUCUCAGGUGGAACCCUUGUUCCCGUUAUUGGUGCCUCAUUAGUUGGAUCAGGUGCCUAUUCUGGGAUAAAAGCAACUGUAAGAGGAGCUAGAGAAAUUAUAGAUGAAGAUGAGGGUGAUAUGUAUUAUGUAUAUUAUGAUCUUGCCAAUACCUCACUUCAAGUCACAAAUUACUUACUUCCAGAAUUCGUUGAUAUUGAUUUAAUUGCAUCUGCAUCAAACAAAAAAUUAGCCCAUUGUAAGGCUUGGUUUACUACUGGGUCAACAACAUAUGUUACUUUCGAAAUCACUGCAGGUAAAAAUUGGGGAGUAUUAGCUCGAAAACCAGGUCCAAUAUCUGUUAAAGCUGCGAGUGGAAUUAAAGAAUUACAAUUGGUUAAACUUGAGUAAAGGGGAAGUCUUGGUUCAGAUAAUGAUAAAGUUGAUUGGAGAAAGCGAUACAUAAAAAGAAAAAGGUCCAUAUAAGAAGUAGAACAGUAUGCUAUCAAAGUUUUUGUUGAGCAUGAAUACAACUGGCUAUCUACAAAUUGCCAAAAGUUUGCUGAAAUAUUGAUCAAAUUUGCAGGGAGUAAUUGA